AUGCAGCGCUCGCUCGCGGCCGCGGCCGCGUGGUCCGCCCUCGUGGCCGGGGCCGCGGCGCUGGCGCGCCACGAGCUGGCCCCGAGGGCGGGCCACGAGCUUGCGCCCGCGGCGGACGUCGAGCUGGCCACCGCGGCGGGCAUCGACCUGGGCCCGGCGGCGGAGGCGCGCGCCGCGGAGCUGGAGCUCGGCGAGGAGCCGCCUUGGGGGCGGGUCACCCCGCAGCACUCCCACUCGGUGCUCAAGGGGCUCGUGGCCGAGGACGGGGUGGAUGAGCUCAAGAGGGCGGAGCUGCUCGACGGCCAGCUCGACCCGGCGGCGCUGGUGAUCGAGGACGCGGCGCCGCAGCCGCGGGCGGAACUGCGCCUGCCGGCGCCCCCGGGGCAGGUGGGCGUGUGCGCCGGCACGGCGGUCUACGAUGGGCCCAGCAUGGGCUGGGAGGACUGCCGCACGAGGUGCCUCGGCCACGAGCACUGCAGGUUCUGGAGCUUCUGGCCCGACUCGGCGCAGCAGCGGUGCAAGCUCACCCUGGACUGCAGCCGGCGCGAGCGUGAUGGCCACCGCAGCGUCAGCGCAUACAGGAGGGCGCUGGACGCGGCGGGCGAGGAAGAGAGCAGGCAGCAGGCUGCCUGGGACAAUGGGGAGACGCCGCUCGACCCAGAACCGCAGGAGGCGGCCCCUCAGCCACAGGAGGCGGCCACGCCGCGCGCCGCACCGGUGGCCGACCAGAUGACCUGCUCGCCGCAGGGCUCGGCCCGCAAGUUCGCCGUGUCGCCGCAGAGCGGGUGGCACAACCUCGGCAAGGCGCGCUCGUACGCCAGCUGCGCGAACACCUCGCUGUCGAUGGGCUACGGGAACGUCGUCUGGAACGCCGGCUCGAGCGCCAAGGGCCGCUGCUACGGCUUCUCCAGCGACAUGCCCGACGUCCUCGAGCGCAACUGCGAGGAGACCUACUGCUGGCUCUUCGGCACCGCGUCGCCGGCGUGCAAGGACCAGAGCCUCAUGGCCGGGACCGCCGAUGCAGAGGACGACAAGCUUUUUGGGGCUGGUCCCCAGGCAGCGACGGAGAGCACGAAGGUGAAGGACCCCGUCGACCAUGACAUCGAGGAAAUGAUGGAGAGCGUACAGACGCAGACUGCCAGUCCCGAGCCGCAGGAGCGCCGGCGGGCGAGAAGCCCAAGGGAGCCCUGCAGAAGAUCCGGGACCUCUUCCACGUCCGGUGAGGGCCCGUCCGCAGAGGGCCUCGCCGCCCCGACGGCCAUAGGGGGGUCGAGCGAGACCGCUCGCUCCCCGCGCCCUGCGGCCUCCCCCCCCCCCCCGGCCUCCUCCUCGCCAUCGGCUCGGGCCUCGCCCCUCUCGGGGGAGGGGGGGUCGGGUUCCUCCCUGCGUGCUCCCCGCGGGGAAGAUGGGGCCCGGAUCUGCGGCGGUCUCUGUUUCUCCCAGCCCUCCUGCGCUGGGUGCCCGUUUUGGACAGAGCGCUGUGGUCCCCACUUCUCCUCCUCCCCCGGCCCCCCCCCCCCCCUGCCUCCUGCCUCCUGCCUCCUACUUCACCUGCCUCCUGCCUCCUCUCUCUCUUCUCUUCUUCCUCCCUUCUCUCCUCAAUCCUGCAUGCGGGGCCUGGCCACUUUCGUGCGGGGUCGCGACGAGAAAUGCAAUUGA